GUUGGACGCUUGUGGGCGUGCAGCUGAAAUCAUCUCCAAGAGUGGGGCGCUGGUGAGAUUUCAGUUGGUGACUUUGAUGCAACAUGUAAGUUGCUGUGACAACAGCAAGGGUGUGCAGCACGGAUUGCUCCAUGACAACUUUUUCCAGGAUUGUUGCGUGUUCACCGAUGUCCUGAAUUGCGUAGACUUGGGCUCUCGCAAAGCUCUUCUGGAAGCUGAAGGUGUGGAUGCAAUCCGAUCGAUCCUCGAGUCGUCCAAAUUUCAAGCUCGCGCAUUGUGGCAUGCCUUUGCUGGCACCCGGAUUGUGCUGUUGGAGAAUGUCUGUGGCGGGACCAUCCAAGAGUUGUCCUGCCGUGAAUUGGAAGAUGUCUUCCACCUGAUCAUUGGAGUCAGAAAAGGAGCAGGCCAUUUUCUGGACGAGCCCAACAACGUCUACAUGAUGAUCAGGGAGCUGGAAAAGGAACGCGCGCAACGGGUCACCAAGAAUCGCCCAAUGUCGGAAACAUUCGAGGGAAUGCUGAGCUUGGGCGACACGCAGCGGCUGGCGCAAGCUUGGGAACGCUUGGACCAGGACCCAGAGCUCAAAGAUCGUCAAGAUUUGCACUGCGCUGUUCCGGAGCAAAAUGUCGAGAGGAUGAAAGGCACCAACAAAAUGAGGACUGACCGAAUGGAAUGGGAGCAUUGGCCAGAUUUGCACGAGCGCGUUGGCAACACUCAACAUUUGCCACAGAGUGGCAUGGUCCUUCUCUCCGCUUUGGCAACGAUCGAGUUCAUUGAGUCUCCAAUGCCAUCACUGUCUGACAGCACAGUGGUGGUUUCAGAUUACCGGUUUCUAUGCCAGCUGAAACUCGACGAAGAGUUCGAGGCAAAGUUUCUGCGGAACACGAAGACCUUGAGUCUUGACUGCAUUGAAAAUGGAGAUGCUGCUGCUGGGCCCCGCCCGCUUUCAGAUUAUUUCGAAUGGGAGAUUGUGGCCUCACCGGAGACGUGGCUGAAGGAUCCUAAUGCCACUGUGCCGGACUAUCGCGAGAUCACCGUCAAGAAAAUGGAGCCGGCCAAGGUGAAAAAGGAAUUGGAGAACUUUGCUUCUUUGGUGACUGUGUUCGGGCAUAGAUCCAGUAUCGUGAAGGAAUGUGGGCCGUAUGCAUCUUGGAAAGCACGCCUGCCGCCAACCAUUUUGGAGGAAUUGAUGAAAUUCUCAGGCUGGGAACGUUCUUGCGAACAAUGUUGUUUUCUCAUCUCCAUGCCUGGAGAAAACGAUCCAUUGGAGAUUGCAGAUGACCAUGCAGCAUUCCAAGACAAGUCCUACCAGGCUCAAUGUGCUAUUGACCUGCUUCGGCACUGGGACCUGGAAGACCAAAAGUACCAGGACAUGGACAUGGCAAGCUUGCGCGUGAGAAGAUUGAACAAGAUGGUUAACGCAGAACAGCAGCCUGAGCAGCAAAACGCACCCGAGCAAGCAGAACAGCAGCUGGAGCAGCAAAGCGCACCCAAGCAAGCAGAACAGCAGGCUGACCAGCAAAGCGCACCCAAGCAAGCAGAACAGCAGCCUAACAAGCAAACUGAUGCACAGCCAGCAGAGCAUCAAGACGCGCAGAUGCAAGCUGAACAACAGGCUGCCAAGCAAACUGAUGCACAGCCAACAGAGCAUCAAGACACACAGAUGCAAGCUGAACAACAGACUGACAAGCAAACUGAUGCACAGCCAACAGAGCAUCAAGACACACAGAUUCACGCAGAACAGCAGCCUGACAAGCAAACUGAUGCACAGCCAACAGAGCAUCAAGACACACAGAUCCACGCAGAACAGCAGCCUGACAAGCAAACUGAUGCACAGCCAACAGAGCAUCAAGACACACAGAUCCACGCAGAACAGCAGCCUGACAAGCAAACUGAUGCACAGCCAGCAGAGCAUCAAGACGCACAGAUCCACGCAGAACAGCAGCCUGACAAGCAAACUGAUGCACAGCCAGCAGAGCAUCAAGACGCACAGAUGCAAGCUGAACAAGUAGCUGACAAGCAAACUGAUGAACAUCUAAAGCAGCAUCAGCAAGGACAGAAGCAAGCCGAGGAACAGCCAAGCCAGCCUACGCAGCAAGAGAACACAGAGACAACAGGCAAGGACAGCUUGAAUUUAGCUUGGCGGGCUGAAGUGUCUGCAGAGCAACUAGGGGAACUUGACGCUCUCUCUGGGUGGGACCGGAAAGAUGGGCACUUCGUCGUUGAGAUGCCUGCCAGCUUCGAACCACUGAAGGUUCAAGAUUCAGCCACCCGGUUCGCAAUGGGGACUUCCGGAGAGCACCAGGGGACAUGUCUUCCGCACUAUGCAGAUUGCUGCGGAAGUCACGAUGGUUCUUCUCCGCAAGAGGAAUUGGGAGCAGAGUAUGGUAAACCCAAUGACUUUGAAAGAGCUCUGCGAAAGAGCACAUUUCUUUGGAGUGAAGGUCAAAAUCAGCUUCAGGAUGACGAAAAAAACGCAGCGGGCUUUGCUGGUGACUCCCAACCUUCAGCCGAAGCAUGUGAGGAACAAGUUUUGUCAAGUCUUGUCAAAGCACCAGGAUCUUCCGAAGCAAGCAAGCCGUGCACGCAGGAUGUCCCAGAACAACCAGCUCCUGCUGGAAGCUCCAUCCCGAGUAGUGGAAAGAACCUAGAUCAAGGUGAUAAGCAACAUGAUGAUUUGACGCAACAGCAUGCCAAGGAAGCUUUGAAACCGAAAGCUGGCCUGCAGGGUAGUGUUCGCGACCGCUUCAUGCAAUGUGAUUUGGUGGUGCCAUCUGUUGCUCUAAACAAGUUCAAGCAACUCUCAUCAGCAGAGUUCCUCAUGACCAAAUAUGUUGCCAUUCUCGGCAAGAAUAAGUGCCGAAUGUACAAAACCGAGAAGGAUCGUCUUUGUUGUAUGGUAAUGGGUGACUUGAUUUCCGACCCGGACGAUUUUUGGGUUCAUGUCUCUAUGCAGCUCAAGAACAACUUUAUUGGUGGUGUGGUUGUCUUUGAUAACUAUGAAGGAGACAUCAGUCAGGUUCUGGCAAACAUGCCUGCUGAGCUGAACCCGGGCCAAUCGAGUUUGCAUGAUUCUCCCACCAGGGUCCACGUGUUCGUCCUGCCGGCAGAGUCUGCUUUGAGCAGCAAUUCAGAUUUCUCUGAUCCGAACUUCGCAAACAUUGAGAUCAUGUCUCUGACACUGGACGAUAAGAGACUUUCGGAGGAAGAUUCUGAUCUUCUACAAUGGAAACGGAAAAGGUUGGAUGAGCGGGUGGAAGAAGAUGAGGAAGUGCUGAAGCAAAAGAAAGCCUUGAGGGAUGAAGCCGCGACGUCCUUGGAAUUUUGGGAAAAGAUUCUUCAUUUCAUCUCGGCCUUGGAGACUCAUGGAAGCAAAAAGGCUCCGGACAUUUCUUGGGCCCAGUACUUUCAUGGAGCAUUUGGCCCAGAUGGACCUCCCACAGAAGUUGGAAUCCCGAUGGUGUUCCACCAGGCACUUGACUUUCCAGCAUGCUUGAUGGCAGUGACCGAUGAAAUCAAUCACUUCAAGAGAAGCAAGGAGAACGCCCAUGGCAUUGCUUCAAAGAUCGAGAACAGGCUUGACAAGUUCAAGGAAAAAUCUGAAAAGAGAGAACAGCUGGAAGAAGAAAGGUUGGACAAGCUCUUCGAUCAAGACAGGCCAAAAGGAUUGACAGCAAAGCAAAAGAAGGAUUUCGAGAAGGAGAAGGACGAUGCCCGCAAGGUUUUGAAGGACAACGUCUUGAAAAAGUGCAAGGAGGAGUUCCCCCAGAUCGUUGGCAACUGCCAGGUGUGGAAAUGGGCCAAGCAAGCAGAAAGAGAAAAAUGGGAUGAUCUCCCAGAGGCAGACAAAACGAGAAGGUUGGAAGUGCCGAAUGCUUGGCGAAAAAAGAUGAGUCUUUCCAUGAAGGGGAAAAUACUUGGAGGAAUUGUUCCUCUUGAGAUCCAGUACGAGCUGGACAAGAUCGUGGCAGCACACGUGGUGGGAGAAUCUGAGAUAACAGAGCGCAAAGAAGUGGAAACCACAGCCAAUGUCAUGAUCCGCAAGUGGAACGAAGGUCUCCAGGAAGCCAGGGAUGCGGUUGAGAAGUACAACAAUGAACUCAUUCAGAUGCACAAGGAGAAGAAGAUCACGGCAAGGGAUGUUGCGAAAAGACGCUUGAAAUAUCCAACCAAAGUGGAUGAAGUGAGCGAAAGGUGUGCUUCCUGCGCAAUUCCUUCGAGAGUGGAACGAUGGCCAUAUUGGCGUUUCCUACCUGACGACAUCAGGCUCUCGCUCACACGAGAGAGCCGCGCCGCUAUCAUCUGCGAUGCGUGGACAGGUAGCUUCAGCCAAGCUCGGGGGGAAGGACAAGUCGAGAUCCAGGUGCCUCACUGGAAGGAUAUCAUCCAGAUCAGCUUUCAUGCCUGGAUGUCGCUUGGUCGCCGGGUCUUCCAGUCGGCAUGGAUAGCGUGUGGGUAUGCCACUUGGGAUGACAUGCCAAAGGACGUGUCCGAAAAUCCCAUUUCCGUUCAAGAUGCACGUCAGGACCAGAAUGAUGAGUGGAAGGCCCUUCCCUAUGAGGCCGCUGGUGCCGUUGCCCGGUCUCUCAUGAGGCAUUGCCACACUUUGUCGGAGUUGAGGAAAUCCAAAGCCCUCUUGUUGGAAAAAGACCCGCAGAAGAAAAAGGCAGCGACGCAGAAAGUCUGCGUCAAGGUUGAUUCCAUGCUUCAUGUUGACAAAUACAUGGUCUUCAACCCCCGGACUGGCCAGAUGGCUACAGAGGCAUGGCUAUCCGACCACAUCCAGGUGGUGGAGGGAAAACCAGAGUUCAAGAGGAAACGAAAGAAUGACAUUGGCCCAAAGAUUGUGACUUUGGGGAUCAAGGUACUAGAGAACACGGUAGACUUGACACUUGACCUAUCCCAUGGCGACAUGGGAGCCAGGCCCAUCAGAUGCUUUGAUCUGCGGGAUUCCAAGCCCCAGGGUGAUCUGCAGUAUUUAUCUACUGGGUUUGGUCAUUUAGGUGAAGAUUCGUUGGAGGAUGAAAGCGACGUUGAGAACUGGGUCGACUUUGAUGAGGUUGACUUUGAACAUGGUUCCCAAAAGGAUGAAAAUGAUUUUGAUGAUGAGAUUCCCCAAGAUGACCUGGGUAUCGAAGGUGAAACGCGUUUCCAGAAGCAGGACAACAAUGACUCUGCCCUUUCCGAAGCAGAGACUAUCCUUUUCGACGCAGAGAAUUCUCAGAAGAUUCCCUUGGAAGCUGCGAUUGAGGGUUUCGCAGGCAGUGACUUCGAGAAUGUGGAUCAUGAUGAGUGGGACGACUCGUAUGAAGUUGUGACCGAAACCAACAUGGAAGACAAAAUGAUGAAGCUUACCCUGCCAAGCACGGUAGCGGUCUUAGCCACCGA